GGCUAUCACUGUACAACCACAAAGACGCCUAAGGAAUUAAUGAAUAUUUAUUGACGAUAGAAUCAUGCCCUAGGUCAUGUAUGGAAGGUCCACCUGUACACACCUCCUGUGGGUGUGAUCGAGUUUCGCGAAGCAUAUCAUCAUCAAAUGUAAGUAUUCUCACCGAGCGGGCAUUUCAUUUUCAUCAUAAUACGCCCCUGUGCACAACUAAAGAUUCUUUCCACCGGGACAUUGAAUACUCUGUUAAGAGCUAGCAUUUCUCCUACAGUGUACAUACGACAUGACUCACAAUUACAGGUGAAUCGACAGCUGUGAGAUUCGUUUGGUGUUUCAAGGGAAACACUUGAAGGGCUCCCUGAUUCAAAAUAGUCACGUUCCAACCGGACAUCUUACCCGGUAUAUGACCAGGCUGUGGUUUGACCUAUAGCAGAGACGGGUACCCCAGUUGCUGUGAACUAGGGAGAGGUCAACCGUCACAGUCAGCAUCGUUCAUACCACGGAUGAUGUAGUACCCGUACAGAAAUGGCGUCCACUUGUUAUGUAAACGGGAGUAUUCACAUUGUUUUGGAGGUUCGUGGGUAAGGUAAUGUUUACUGAAAUAUGGACUGACCGACUUUUCAGAAGCACUGUUCAGCGUUCAAUAACAGAGCUCCAUUGUGAUGAAUAAUCGCAUAGUGUAAUGUGUAUUCGCCCGUCGUUAGACAGAUCCGGGUGUUGGAAUUUUAUCCCAGGUCAAGGCUGGGAGGAGACGCUGUGCUGUUUCUGUGGUGAUUCGUUAACUGUGUUUGCCGAGUUGGCCUUUCCUUUAUUCAAUACUGCGAUAGUCGUCUGCCCGAUCUGCGCAGACGACAUUCCGCGGGGUAGUGAUACAGGUAUGUGGGACAUCCGGCGGAGUUGCAAACCAGUCAUCCAUCCGCUGCUAGUGAGGGGAUCAUUGAUGAGACACACUAUUCAAUUCUCCACGUUAUGGGACAUACCAUCCAGCACACAGACACAUAAUUCGACUAUGUGUACCUGAGAUCGGAUUCAGUGACAACGCCGUGAUGUUUGACAGACAUUUAUUAGAAUCGAUGCAUGACAAAGUUGACAGUAUUAAUGGCUAACAAUCAAGUCUACUGGCUAUAUUUUAUGCUUCGUGUCCCAUGGCAUGACGGUUCCUCUAAUACAGAGCACGUUUAUUAGGGAGAAUAGACGCAACAUCGAUCCUGUAUGCGAUUGUGGAAAGAAUACGCUUACUGUGAUUGUUUCUUUUCAGUUAUUGGAUAUUGAUCGUCACCCACAUAACAAUCAACUACUUUCCGGUUGGUACAGCACAUGGGCCUUUGAUAUUGAUAUCCCAUGCUAUAUUGAAUAUCGAUCCUCCGUCACAUUCACUGAAAGCUUUUAACAUAUCAUGUUCAUCUGGUCAAGCCAUUGAAAUCUGACCAAGUUCAAAGGCCACUGAGCCCUGCUGGCUCUGUAGCCAAAGCACGAAAGCCAUUAUAUUUGGGAACAGGACACAAGUCAACAACUGAUGUAUUCUUCGUGAUUUUCGGAUGAAGCACAAGCGUAGUAUGUGCUUUGUAGACACGGGAUUAGGUUGACGAAACAGCACUUCAACAGUUCAAGUUUCACGGUCGGAACACGUGAGAGCAAGAUACUCAACAAGAAGAAGCACCAUGGCAAGAUCCAGCUUUCGGCGAUGUGUUUCCACAGUAGCUAUUGUGUACAUGUUUCAGUUUCUCCUGUUGUUGCCGAUUCUGUGUUAUAAUCUUCCUUUCUCGUCAUACUUCCAGGCUUCUCUCAGAUCCAACAACCACACCGUCAAUAUUGUUAAUCAUGUAAAUCACCAAAGAGUCAAAAGUGCUUAUUCCUAUUUCAAGAGACAAAUUCCUGGAGGUAAUCUACGCUACUAUGAUUCUGUUGGAAAAAGCUCGGACAUUUUUCUGACGGUAGCCAUAGUCACAGUCGGUCGCACUGUUAAGAACAAAAGCCAAGAUCUUGGAUAUGUUCUUCAGACUUCAGCCGGGAUAGACAAAUUUGCCAAAAGUCAUCACUUUUCCCGUAGAACGUUUGUCUUUGUUUGUAAUGUUGAUCUGAAUCCAGAAGCCCACACCGAGGCAGCGUUUCUGAAGAAAUAUCUACCCUUUAGUGAACGAUAUGGUUUGACAAGUUUUAAAUUAGAAGAUAAUGAUCAAAUUCAAAAUAAUUUUUCCACUUAUCGGACAAAGAAAAACGAAAGUAAAUACGAAAAGGAAACUUGGGACUACUCGUACUGUUUAAACGUUGCAAAAUCAUUUGACCCAGAGUAUGUGUUGAUGGUGGAAGACGAUGCUAUUCCUCAUGAAGAUUUAGGGAAUGUUUUGAAAUAUACCUUGGGGAAUCAUCUUACCGACAACACGAAGAGCGCUCCUCAAAGGAAAGAGUUUGCCUAUCUGAAGUUGUAUUAUCCCGAGCGAUGGCAAGGCUAUGCAUAUGAAGCCUUAAAGAUUCUGGAGCUUGUAAGUGUAGGUUGUGUUGGAGGGGGUGUCACCAUUGCUGCAUCUGAGUUGUUUGUUAAAAACAGAAGGUACAGUUACAAAUCGAAACUAAGCCACUUCCUCUUGGGUAUGCUUUUUUUCAUCUUAACAGCUGAGUUUGUAGGCCGACAGAACAUCAUGGAGAUACGAAGACUGUCAAAAUACUUGUACACGUUCCGACAAGCGUCUGGAUGUUGUACCCAGGCUGUGCUAUAUCCAUCUGCAAUCGUUGACCCUCUGACCACAUAUUUGACCACUCUGACGUCAUUCGAGCAUACUGACAUUUCUAUAUAUGACUUUACACAGCAGACUAGUAUACCAACAUACCAACUGGAACCGAACUUAUUUUACCAUAUCGGCAUGCAGUCGACACUACACAAAUAUAAGAUCAAAAGACUCGAGCAGUUCCUCUUCCACAUGGAUUCACGUGAUAUUCAGUCAUUGGCGGAAGGAUGACAUACGAUACAAACUGAUAUUGAGACAGGUAUACUGGACUACAUAAAUCUCCGUUUAACAUAAUACAGUAUUGAAUAAAUCUGGAUUUGAUGUUAUUAUUUCCGUCGCUGUGUUUCUGGUGUGUUAGAAUGUGCAUGUUGCUUUCAGGAUUAGAUGUAUAAAGGAGAGUGAUAGGUUUAGCAGCAGGAGCGGAUUGACUCCAAAAAACGUUUUUGCCAAACUACCUUGUUUCCACUUUCCUAAUUCUUGAAGAAAUUCCGACUCGAGAGCAAUACAAAAUCUAAAGAUGUUUUGCUGAACGUUACUCUGAUAUCGCCCAGAUGCAUGAGGCGUAAAACUAAAUUCACUCGCUAAACCCAGAUGCAUUAAAAUAGAAAUUGUAGGUUCAGUGGCAACAAAAAAUGCUCUUGAAGACUUGCAAUACAU